AUAAGGAGUGAAGCAUGUAGGCUAACUCAGCAGCUAAAAGUCUCUGAAGUGCAGUAGUGUCCUGUGAGUUUUAGCUGUGCUUGUGUGAAUUAAAGUAAGCGCGUAAGCCUCUGAAAUGACUUAAGGACGGUGGUGGAACAUAAAGAAUAUCCGGACUUUCUCGCCAGAGCCAAACAUGACUGAACCAGAGUUACUGACCGAGGUCCCCGCAGCACUGAAGCGGUUGGCCAAGCAGGUCGUAAGGGGUUUUUAUGGUGUGGAGCAUGCUUUGGCCCUGGAUGUACUGAUCCGUAACCCAUGUGUGCGCGAAGAGGACAUGCUGGAGCUACUCAAGUAUGACCGCAAACAACUGCGCUCAGUGCUCAAUACCCUAAAAACAGACAAGUUUGUGAAGUGCCGCAUGAGAGUGGAGACGGCCCCUGAUGGCAAGACAACGAGACACAACUACUAUUUCAUCAAUUACAGGGUACUAGUCAAUGUGGUCAAGUAUAAAUUGGAUCAUAUGCGCCGACGCAUUGAGACAGAUGAGCGAGACUCCACCAACCGUGCUUCCUUCCGGUGUCCUUGCUGCUUCUCCACCUUCACUGACCUAGAGGCCAACCAGCUUUUUGACCCUAUGACAGGUACAUUUCGCUGUACCUUCUGCCAGACAGAGGUAGAAGAGGAUGAGUCCGUUUGUCCCGAUGCCAGGACACUUGUGGCACGUUUCAAUGAGCAGAUUGAGCCUAUCUACGCGCUGCUACGUGAAACUGAAGAUGUUAACUUGUCCCAUGAAUUGCUGGAGCCUGAGCCUGCUGAGAUUCCUGCUCUCAAACAGAGCCGAGAACGUGCUGCAGCAUCUGGAGGGAACGCAGCAAGCGGCCAACACCGCGAGGCCUGGUCUAACAAAGGAUCAACAUAUGCUGAUCUGUACACCCAGAAUGUGGUCAUCAGUAUGGAGGACCAGGAAGAGCAGCAGAAACAGGCCGGGGAAAGUAAGGCACCUAAGGAAAGGCCAGUUUGGUUGACCCAGAGCACUGUGCAGGGUGCUUACAAUGAGCCUGACAUCCUCAAGAAUCGUGGUGACAUGCCUGGUGCCCCAGAUGGAGCACCUGGUCUUGGAACUGGUCAGGCAGAUGAAAAUGAGGAAGUGAUGCGCGCACUGCUAAUCCAUGAGAAGAGGAGUGUCGCAGGGGCAGGUGUGGGUGGAGCAAGCGCUGCUGCAAGGGGUCUCACCUCUGCCUCAGCUAAUGCCAGUGACUCAGACAGUGACACCAGUGAGUCAGAUGACGACUCUCCCCCAGGUCCUCCUCCUGCCGUAGCUGCGCAGCAUCGGGUUGAAGAGGAUGAUGAAGAGGAUGAUGAUGAAUUUGAAGAAGUGGGGGAUGAGCCAAUGGUGAUGGUGGGAGGUCGGCCCUUCUCGUACAGAGAGGUGAGCCAGAGGCCAGAGCUAGUGGAGCAGAUGUCUGCACAGGAGAAAGAAGCCUACAUUGAAAUGGGACAGAACCUCUACCAAGACAUGUUCUUCUAAACACAAACUGCAUCACAAUUUGAUUUAUACUUCUGCAGUAUCACACUGUCAGUGGUGACAUCUGGGAGAAUUUCUGUGUACACAACUUAUUAUAAAGAUGCUGCUGAAGAAGUAUUUACGGUCUGCUUCAGUGUCCUCCAUUAGAAUAAAUGAGGACACAUUUUGACAGUGUUGCCCAAGUGAUUGCACUUGUAGUAUUCUGUCUUAAGUAUUUUUUUUUUUUUUUUAAUUCACCACCCUGGAAGUGAGCUGGCUAGCUCGAGAGUGCCAACUUUUAGUUUAGAGUUUUGUUGUUGGGUUUUUUUGGCCUGUUUCAAUUGCAUGUCAUACAUAAGUUUUACAAGAUUUUUACACCAUGGCUUUUUAGUGAUCAGUCUCUUGUGCAAUGGACAGAUACAGUACUUAAAGUUUUCUACACCCAAAUGCAACAGUUGCAUUGGUUGUGUACUGAGCUUGGAAAACUGCCAAAAGAUGUGUGGGCACAUGGCAGUACUGAACACACUGAUGGUGGACUGAAGAAACUGCUGCUUUCACUGUGCUGCCUGUGAGGUCAGGGCAAAUGACUGUACAUUUUCUGAUUUUUCUGAAACAAGUUAAUCUCAGGCAAAUGGAACAUGUGGCUAACAGUGAAACAUUUAUGUUGAGAAAUCUGUAAUAAAAAGAUUCUGUGGUGAAGCUA